CUUGUUAUUGAUGUAACAAAACAUAUUUAGGAUGUGAGUAAUCUUGCACAAAAGCGAAGAUUUUCACAAUAAUUCAGUGCAUAUUCAAAAAUAUUUGCAUUAGCGUACCAUGAAAAUGACACCCCCAACGAAAAUUAUGCUGAUUGCUUGCGGGUCGUUCAGCCCGCCGACUCCAAUGCACUUCCGAAUGUUUGAAAUCGCCAGGGAUCAUUUCAACGAGAUGGGCACUGGACAAGUGGUCGGAGGAAUCGUAUCGCCAGUUCAUGAUUCUUACGGGAAAAAAGGACUCAUAUCCGCUACUCAUAGAUGUAAUAUGUUGAAAAUCGCACUACAAACAUCCGAUUGGAUCCGGUUGUCUGAAUGGGAAACGCAACAAGAGGAGUGGACUAGAACGAGACUCUCCCUUCAAUAUCAUCAAAACUACAUUAACUCUUAUUUAAAGGAUUCCAGCAGCAUAAAUAAUCAGUAUAUUCCGGCGUGGAUUCCAGAAACACUGAAGAAGACCUCUGGACAUGUCCAAUUGAAACUACUAUGUGGAGGAGACCUGCUAGAAUCAUUCGCAAAACCCGGUCUAUGGAAAGAUGAAGAUAUAGAAGCUAUCGUAGGCCAGCAUGGAUUAGUGGUCAUUUCACGUGCGGGAUCGAACGCAGAGCAAUUCAUUUUUAAUUCCGAUUUGCUGAGUAGAUACAGGAGAAACAUAACGAUUGUGAAUAAUUGGGUUACAAAUGAUGUCAGCUCGACGAUUGUACGAAGGCUUCUUGGUCGUGGUCUGUCAGUCAAAUAUCUGUUGGACGACAGUGUGACAGAAUACAUAAAGAAACAAGGAUUGUACGGAACGAAUAACACUAAGUACAUUUUGUCAACUCACAGUGUUGGGGAAAUGAUGAACAUUUCACCUGGUUCACCGAUAAACGAUCACGACGCGUAUGUCAAUUGUCAGAAUGAUUUCAAUACACAUAAUACAUUGGAGUCGAUGGAUGAAACGGACUUCCCUCGUUCUACACUUAAUCGGGUAUUUUGUUGUGGAAACGAGAACAACAUGAAAAAUCCAAUAAAAUCAGUGCGCGGAAUUAUGUCUCAUCCUGGAGGGGCAGUACAGGUUAUCGAAACAAGCACAUCCUCGACAUCUUCGUCAAUUGCAUGCGAAUCAGGAAUUGACAGUCUUUCUCACCAUACAGUGGAUGAUAAGGUGGGUGAUGAUUGUAGCACAAAAAUUAUGGGCUCAUUGAAAAAUGCAGCUAGCACUGAAAAAUCGAACUCACCAACUGCACAAAGAAAAUUAAUUGCACAUGAAAGCACCCGUAAAACUAUCCAACAAGAGAAUACCAGCAAAGAAUUAAAUCUGACAAUCUCUGGAUUGACAUCCACUCAUAACGACGCCAAAGCGGUAUUAUCGACAAUUGCACCCGAGGCGAACAAAAAUUCUGAACGUAUGACGCCCGUAAAAACGGAAAAUAACAACGCUUCAGUUACAAGCACUGGCCGCAUAAGUCCCUCCAAAAGUUAUGACGAUAUGAUUAAAUUCGUCUUCACCGAACAUGGAAUACGCGUUAUAAGUGAUCGGGAAUAUGUAGUUUGAAUCAGCACAAAACAUUCGGCGAACAAAAUAACAUCCCAUCAACGGUUGUACCAAAGAAGUUGAAAUUGGCCGCUGUCCAGGUAUAAUUCGCCCUGUUUCAAUUUGAGAGAAAAAACUCCAACACAGUUGGAGAAUGCUGUACUUAGAACUACCAAAAGAGAAAUAUAAAUAUAUUGGGAUGUUGAUUUUAAAAUACGAAUCAUGGUCUCAAGGGAUUUUCGCACUGUUUUACUAUAUUCAGUUAGGUAGCUGAAAUUAUAUAUUAUACUUAUGUUUAUGUAUUGUUUUGUAUUAUGUGUAUCGCGAGAUUAGUUCCUCAUCCUACAAAUUUAAAGCAAAUGUGGAAAUGAGAAAAAAUUAUGGAUAAAAUGAUUGGUUUGAUAUGGUUCAGUGUUUUGCAUUAAGAGGGAAACUGAUUAGUAAAUGGGUAUUACGGCGAAUGAUUAUGGCAACUGGAUGUUAAUUUCAUAGUUUGAAGAGAAUAGCUAAUUUUUUUUCUUGCUUUCCAACCGACUCUUUGUUUCAGAAACACAUUCACACCAUGGCGUUUUCGAUUUAUCACACUCUAGGUUAAUGUUAAGCACUGUCAACGCAUCCUUAUCGAUGGUUAGCUCCUUAGUGCUGUCGAUUCUAUAUCGUAGGGUGCUGAGUCCCGUUUCGCGGUCUCUUCGACGCGUGAUUUCACGCUGAUUGAAGCAUUUAGUUGUGUCACGUCUUCGAUGCAAUCGAUCGUGGAUAUGC